CAUAUUUUAAUCUUUCAGAGACAAUUUUCAUCAUUCAUGGAGAUGUUGGGUAAAACAUUGUUGGGAAAAAUGGCAAUGUUAAUGAAUGUGAUCAUGGUCGAAAAGGAGAAGACUGCCACAGGCAUGAGCGCCCAGAGGCGUGUCAGUCGGGCAAGGGGGACAGAGGAAGGAGCACCAAGAGGGGACAGUCUUCAUUUCCACAACUACUGCACUGACCCUGUCUCUGAGAGUGCUCAUCAAGAGGAGGAUGACUUUAACCCCCAGACCUCACCUGCCUCAGAGACACAAGACGACCAGAGAAACACGGAGCCAAACUCAGGCAGGAAUGGAGAAGAUGCCCAGUGUGGAGGGGAAUCUAUUGGAGGAGACAGUCUUCAUUUCCACAACUACUGCACUGACCCUGUCUCUGAGAGUGCUCAUCAAGAGGAGGAUGACUUUAACCCCCAGACCUCACCUGCCUCAGAGACACAAGACGACCAGAGAAACACGGAGCCAAACUCAGGCAGGAAUGGAGAAGAUGCCCAGUGUGGAGGGGAAUCUAUUGGAGAUGUGGUAUUGCUCUCUGAAUUUGAUCAUCAAGAGGUAGUUCACCUUAAUCCCCAGCUCUCACCUUCAUCAGACCCAGAGAAACAAGACAGACAGCCCUCAAACACGGAGCCAAACCCAGGCAGGAUUGGAGAAGAUGUCCAGAAUGGUGAUUCUUCAAAUACAGACCAAAAUUCAGAUGCAAGUGAUGCCAGAGCAGUGAAGAUGCCCUUCAUUUGCGACUUUUGUGGAAAGUAUUUCAAUUGGAGAUGCACUUUUAAAGCCCACCGUAAUCAUCACACCAAACCCUUUAGCUGCCCACAGUGUAGGAAAGGUUUUGGUACGAAGAAUGGGUGUAAUAAUCAUCUCUUGGUUGUGCAUUCUACAGACAAGCCCUUCAAAUGCACAGAUUGUAGGAAGGUGUUUGCAAUGAGAAAUAGUUUGGCCAAACAUAGGGUUCUCAACCCAACUCUGCACACCUGCACAACAUGUGUGAAAUCGUUCUGUGGGGAACGUACGCUAAAACGGCACAACUUCAGUGAUCACCCGGAAAAGGCAUACAUCUGCUCUUUGUGUCCAAAAACCUUUCGGUCAUGGCCAAUAUGGAAGCAUCAUAAGGCAGAGCACUCGGAGAAGAAGUAUUGCUGUGAAACCUGUGGCAAGCUUUUCUGUUCAUCUUCAUCCUUGUCAUCAGAGAACAGUUCAUAGAUGUCAUAAGGCAGAACACUCAGGGGAGAAGGGGGAGAAGUAUUGCUGUGAAACCUAUGGCAAGCUUUUCUGUUCAUCUUCAUCUUUAGCCAGUCAUCAGACAACAACUCAUAGAGCAAAGGCUUAUAGCUGUGAUGUAUGUACU